AUGUCGAAGAAAGUACUCGGAAAAAGAUUGAGUGAGUUGAUGGUGAUCAGAAAGGGUCUGUACGUUGUUCGCGACUCUGUAGAAAAAUUUGUGGCACAUUCUAACUACGAAAGAGAUGCGUGUCAGAUUUUUGUUCGAUUGGAAUCAUUGGAUAGGAUGUAUCGUGAAUUUCUGGAAGUGCAAGGUGAGAUUGAGAGAACCGAUGAUUCAGACAAUCUUGAUGAUCAUCUCACAGAACGGGCUGACCUUGAAAUGCGAUACUGUGAAGCCAAAGGUUUUCUGCUGUCGGUUCGUAUGCCUGAUCCAAAUCAGACGGUUUUGAAUACGUCAAUGAUCGCUCCUGCGCCGCAUCCAUCCAGCAGUUUUCAUUUAAGGCUGCCAAAGAUAGAUCUCCCUAAAUUCAACGGUGACUUUUCUCGAUGGUUGUCGUUCCGCGAUACGUUUAGCUCAAUGGUCCACAGCAAUGACGAUAUCCCUCAAGUGGCCAAGCUCCAGUAUCUCCUCCAGUCUCUCGUAGGUGAAGCAAGAAAACCGUUCGAAAGAUUCGAGAUAUGGCAACCGUCGUUUCCUUAA